UUAAUCGAUGUCAGACUUUACGUUAAAUCAAAACAUGAUUUCAUGUUUAUAUGUGAGUAAUGGCUACUCAGAAAUAUUAUGGACUGUGUUUAUUUUAUUUUAAGAAUAUAAAGAGGGGAGGAAAACACGUUUAUUUAUGUCACCAAUAAAAUAUGAACAUACUUCUGAAUGACUGAAGCUACAGCGCCACCCAGAGGACAAGUGAUCACACAGCAGCCUGUCUCCUGUACAAACUGAAGAGGUGAUAAAGGGCUUUAAAACACCUUUUUAAUGAUAUUAACAAAUAUAAAUUAAAUCCAAUAUUUUAUUUAGAAGUGCCUCAAUACACUGUGGGCUUCAAACUCUUUUAUUUUUAUUUAAAAUAUCAACAAUAUGUGUUUAGCUUUGACAUCAAAUCCUGUUUUUAUAGCCAUUACAUGUCAAUAAAGUUAUUCUAAUUAAAAUCAGUGAAAUAGAAAGAGAGAUAGAUGUGUGGAUAUUCAGCUCCGUUUUGGUGCAGAGGGAGAGGGACGCGCCGUCGCAGCGUAAUGACGUCAUGUUGCCGUAGAAACGACUGAGCGUCGACUUCCCCCCGAUUGCUAAAAGCUAACCGAACGAGCUAGUAAAUGUCACUUUUGUAGUUGUUUUUAGAGUUUUUAAUUUGACUUUUACGCGUUAACGAGUCAUCAUGACGGUUAAGUAGCCGGUUAGCUUUAUUUUCACACAGCUGUCUUGGAGCUAAUUGUGUUUCGUUGGAGUGUACAUGCUAACGUUAGCGCUAACAGGUGUUACACAGUAAUUUGUGACCUGUUAGAAUCGGUGACGCCAGAGGAAAGAGACUCUUAUCGACAGGUGAGAGAGGAUGGAGCAGGUGGAGGAGGUGGAGGAGGAGGUGGAGGAGCUGAAAAGUCAGCUGGAGGAUGAAGAGUUGAACCUGGAGCAGAGAAUCAUCAUGUUGAACAGCAGACUGAACAAGGUUUUGAACAUGGCGGCGGUGCAGACCGACAGCAGCGUGUUGACUCGUGUGAAGUCUCAGCUGUAUCUGAGCGGCGUUCUGAGUCAGUGCGUCCUCGCUCUGAGUCAAGAUCCCUUGAAGCUGCGGGGCAACUGGGGCGCCGUCACCACGCUGGCUCAGAUCACCAGUUCCUGUUGUGUGGGGGUGGAACCUGGACAACACUCAGAGGCUUUUCAUAGGCUGUUCCUGCCGUCAGUCAUGGACGGCCUGCUGUCAUUGGCCGGUCACCUGAUGAGGCGAGCAGAGUGUGUGUCUCUCUUGAAGAAGCUGAUGGACUCAGUGGGCUGGUUGCUCAGAGCUCACAGUCGUCUCACAGUUCAGGUCCUUAGCUCCGCCCACUAUGAGAGAAUCCAGAUGUGUGAUGAUGUCACUGUGUCUCUGCUCUGUGUGCAGCUGUGGAUUCAAACCUGCUCAUCCAGGGACUUUCUCUCCGGGUUGAGUGACGACUCUGUCCUGCUGCUGCUCAACGAGGUCGUUGGCCAAUUAGCUGUCAGCUCUGACCCUGCGGUGGGCAGGGCGUCCGUCAGACUGAUCCUCCUCAUGGCCAGUCAGCAGGAGCAGCGAGUCUGGCCCCUCCUCCUCAGUUUCAGAGGUCUGGACAGCCUAUUGGACAAAGACUGGAGGGGGCGGGGCUUUGACCAAGACGUGGAUCAGCUGAUUGGUCUCAUUCAAUCGGACAGAGGAUCAAGGAGUCACUCUCAGGUGGAAAGUGAGCGUGUGCGAGCGGCGUGUGUGAUACAGGCGGCCUGGAGGUCGUACAAGACGAGACGCAGAGUGAAGAGCCUCAACAGAGCUGUGAGCACGCUGCAGAGGAGAUACAGGGCUCGGAGGAGACAGCAGCAGCAGCAGAGAGAGGCCCAGCAGUGGGAAGAGGAGUUAAAGUAUCAGGUUUGUUUACGACGUCAGCAGGCCAGAAGGAAAUUUCACCAGAAACAGAGACAACUGCUGCAGCUGCUGCCUGCAGACCAGGUGCAGCCGUACCUGCAGGAGUGUGAGCGUCGUGCGGCCGUGGUGAUCCAGAAAUUCUGGAGAGGCUUCAGAGAGCGAAGACACUUCAACAACACACUCCGACACACACUGAGAAACAUGCACAGACGGAUGAAGGCAGCCAGGACGCUGCAGAGAGCGGUUCGUCGCUUUCUGCAGAAACGGCGAGCAGCUAAGGCCCCGCCCAUCCCGCCUUUCUGGAUUGGUCGUAAGGGUUUGACUGACAGCAGGAGAGUGGAGCUUAAGAGACAGGUGGAGGAGUACAUCUCUCUUCAUCCGUCGUCUCGUGUGUCUCCUCAGGAGUGUGAGCGUCUCCAUGAGGAGGUGCAGCUGCUGAUUGUGUCGGAGCUGCGGCGGGGGAAGCAGCAGAGGAGGGAGGAGGAGCGGAUGGAGGCUCUGCUGGCUCACACACACACACAGCUGGAGCUGCUCAGAGAUGCCCCGCCCCUCUCUGCUGUCACGGCGACUGAUGCAGAGUCCUUCCUCAGCCCGUCAGGUCCCAUCGCCACUCGCGCCCGUGACGCCCACAAUGCAACGCUACAGGCGAGCAGGCUGCCCUGGUGGAGGACGCUUGUAGACACCACUGCGGAGGACGUGUUUAGCCCCGCCCACCUGCAGGAGCUGGAGGCGGAGCUUGGAGGACUGUUUUUGGGAGGGUCAGUGGGAGUCGUCAAACUCUGAGGUGGACAGACUGAACGUUUGAGCGACUGAUCUGAGUUCAGUUCAAGGUUCAAAACCGGAUGUUGUUCAAGGACGCAGACGGUCCCACUGCUGGUCGCUGUGAACGUGAGCGUCAGAACUGCACAUGUUUGACAGUUUUUGAACCUCUCAGAUAUAUCAGAUCUGGUUCUUAAGAUCGUCUCUGAAAUGUUUCCGUCCUGUGACUUAAAACUUUUAUUGUAGAACAUUUGAUGCAGAGACGAGAACUCUGAGGUUUAGAACCAGCAGCUGAUUGGACGCUGGUCCUGAUGUCUGAAUAAUGUAACAAUGCUAAUUUAUCAGUAAU